UGCUGGCUGCCAGUGCUGGCGCUGUCGGGACACCUUGGCAUUGUGGCAGUAGACAGGGCAGGGGGAGGAUGCUCGGACACCACUAGGCGCCUCUCUGCUCUCUCGGGAUCUCACAUGCUCCGUGUCGGGGAAAGUCGUGGGAAGUGGAUGAGGAGAGUGUAAAGUAGCGGACGGCUUGCUGCUCUUGGACUGUGCACUGCAGCGCCUGGCACCGUGUAGCCAAGCUGUGGCAGGCGAUUAGAAGCCGAGGAGGGGGGCACAGGGCUCCGAUCCUUGUCUCUUGUACCCUGGAAGAGCGGCUGAUUGCUGGAAGGUGAUAGCGAAGUGUGCCCGGGGCACCAUGACUGCCAUACGGAUACCCAGAACUCUGAUCACCACCAUCCUCCUUCUGCUGGUCGCCUCCGACUCGGGAUCGUCUGUAGCAGGAGUGGAGUACAGUGAUGUUCUACCGGACUCCUUCCCUUCAGCUCCAGCAGAAUCGCUACCGCAUUUCCUCUUGGAACCAGAAGAUGCCUACAUAGUAAAAAACAAGCCAGUAGAGCUUGUGUGCAAAGCUAACCCAGCCAUACAGAUCUACUUUAAAUGCAACGGGGAGUGGGUCAAUCAGAACGAUCACAUUACUAAGGAGAGGGUGGAUGAUCUAACUGGUCUUGUGGUUCGGGAGGUCCAAAUCGAAGUGUCCAGGCAGCAGGUAGAAGAACUGUUUGGUUUGGAGGAUUUCUGGUGUCAGUGCGUGGCAUGGAGCUCAGCUGGAACCACCAAGAGCCGUCGGUCCUACGUCCGAAUAGCCUAUCUGAGAAAGAACUUCGACCAGGAACCGUUGGGUAAAGAAGUACCUCUUGAACAAGAAGUAUUACUUCAGUGUCGUCCACCUGAAGGCAUUCCGCCUGCUGAGGUGGAAUGGCUAAAAAAUGAAGACAUCAUUGACCCUACACAAGACACCAAUUACCUCAUAACAAUUGACCACAAUCUCAUCAUUAAGCAGGCCCGGCUCUCGGACACAGCCAACUACACCUGCGUUGCUAAGAAUAUAGUUGCUAGGCGCAGAAGUACAACAGCGACAGUUAUCGUUUAUGUCAAUGGAGGCUGGUCAUCUUGGUCAGAAUGGUCAUCGUGUAACAACCCCUGUGGUCGAGGUAUUCAAAAGAGGACGCGAAUGUGUACUAAUCCAACGCCACUCAAUGGUGGGGCCUUUUGCGAUGGUCAACCACUUCAGAAACUCGCUUGCACAACUAUGUGCCCAGCGGACGGUGGAUGGACUGAGUGGAGCAAGUGGUCAGCUUGCAGCACUGAAUGCACGCAUUGGCGGAGCAGGGAAUGUAACGCGCCCAGUCCUAAAAAUGGUGGCAAAGAUUGCAAUGGUGUGCCCUUAGAUUCCAAAAACUGCACGGAUGGCUUGUGUAUGCAGAACAAAAGAGUUUUAGGUGAACCAAAAAGUCAUUUGUUGGACUCAACGGGAGACGUUGCUCUCUAUGCUGGACUGGUUGUUGCCAUUUUCAUCUUCAUUGUUAUACUCAUGGCUGUUGGCAUAGUUGUGUACAGACGCAACUGCCGAGAUUUCGACACGGACAUCACAGAUUCCUCAGCAGCCCUUACAGGAGGCUUUCAUCCGGUGAACUUUAAGACUUCCAGGCACGACAAUUCUCAUUUACUACAUCCAUCGAUGCAGCCAGAUCUGACAGCCAAUGCUGGCAUAUAUCGAGGGCACAUGUACGCCUUGCAAGACUCUGCUGACAAAAUCCCCAUGACCAAUUCUCCAUUGCUGGAUCCCCUUCCAAACCUAAAGAUUAAAGUCUACAAUUCAUCUCCGGUGGGAUCAUCUCCUGGUAUACAAGACGACCUGCUUGGUCCAAAAUCUGUAGUAUCAUAUCCUUCAGACACUAACCUCAUUAAUGCAAGGAAUAAAACCAUGAGUAGCCAACACUUGCUGACUUUACCCCGAGACUCCAGUAACAGUGUGACGGGCACAUUCGGAGCUCUAGGUGGAAGACUAACAUUUCCAAACACAGGGGUGAGUUUACUGAUACCACAUGGAGCCAUUCCACAAGGAAAAUACUAUGAAAUGUAUUUGAUGAUAAACAAAAGAGAAAACACUGUACCACCUUCGGAAGGUACACAGACAAUUUUAAGUCCCAUUGUAACUUGUGGCCCCACUGGACUUCUGUUGUGUCGACCAGUCAUUCUGACUAUUCCUCAUUGUGCUGAUGUCACCACAUCUGACUGGAUUUUACAGUUGAAGACUCAGUCUCAUCAAGGAAGCUGGGAGGAAGUUGUGACAAUAAAUGAAGAGACUCUUAACACACCAUGUUAUUGUCAGCUGGAAUGUCAGUCCUGCCAUAUUUUACUUGACCAGCUGGGUACCUAUGCCUUUGUCGGAGAGUCUUACUCCAGAUCUGCUAUAAAGCGGCUUCAGCUGGCAAUAUUUGCACCUCUUCUUUGCACUUCGCUGGAAUACAACCUCAAAGUUUACUGCUUAGAGGAUACACCAGAUGCAUUAAAGGAAGUUCUGGAACUGGAGAAGACGUUAGGAGGCUAUCUCAUAGAGGAACCAAAGCCACUGAUGUUUAAAGACAGCUAUCACAACCUGCGUCUGUCUAUCCAUGAUAUUCCUCAUUCGCUGUGGAGGAGCAAAUUACUCGCCAAAUUUCAGGAGAUUCCUUUUUAUCAUAUCUGGAGUGGAAGCCAGAGGGCGCUGCAUUGUACAUUCACUAUGGAGCGGUACAGCCUAGCUUCAACAGAACUAACAUGCAAAAUCUGCGUAAGGCAGGUGGAAGGAGAAGGACAGAUUUUCCAGUUGCACACAAUGCUGGAAGAGAAUGCCAAAUCAUUUGAUCCUUUCUGUUCACAUCCCGGAAGUAAUGUGACAACCCAGUUAGGACCAUAUGCCUUUAAGAUUCCCUUAACCAUCCGGCAGAAAAUUUGCAAUAGCCUGGAUGCCCCAAAUACUAGAGGAAAUGACUGGAGGCUUCUAGCACAAAAGCUCAGCAUGGAUCGAUAUCUAAACUAUUUUGCCACCAAAGCCAGUCCAACGGGGGUAAUCUUGGACUUAUGGGAAGCCUUACACCAAGAUGACGGUGAUCUCAACACUCUUGCCAGUGCCUUGGAAGAGAUGGGCAAGAGCGAAAUGAUGCUAGUCAUGACAACAGAUGGAGAUUGUUGAUGACCUAAUCUCAGUUGACUUGAGUUGGUGAAUUUUGUGGAAAGUGGAAACGUUUGAGGGAAGAAAGGACUUUGGUCCCUAAAACAAGAGACAUUUUUGGUCCUUGUUUGUGCUGGAUGACUCACAGAGCUGCAGCUUAUUGGGGAGGCGAGUACUCCUUACAGUCUAAACACAACCAGCCUUAGAAUUCCUUACAUACUCUGUUUACAAGCCAUUCAAGUGUCUAAUGGAAUACCCUUACACUCCACUCCACAUAAUGCCAGGCGCACGAAGAGAAGCAUCAUCGGUACCAUGACAGCUGCUGAUAGACAUCACAUCGCCAUUCUAAAAGAGAAAAAAAAAAUAACUUUGUAGUUUUAUGCUCUUUCAUUUCCUCCAUCUUUAGAAAUGAUAUCUAUUCUUUGAACAGUCUGAUCAAACUGCUUUUAUCCUGUCCAAGCUUGGAACAGCCUAUUUAAUAAGGCAAAAGGUUUCUUAGGAAACGCAAGUUUAUUUAUUAUCCAGAUCUUUGGAUGAGUCUUUGUUUUAUAUGUUAAUGAUUGAGAUUUCUGAGUGUAUGCACCCAUGUGUAUGUUUGAGGUCGGCUUGCCAUCUAUCUUCCCCUCCCAUCUUGCUCCAGUAGAAGUUUCUUAAUGCAGACAAAUUAUUUCAAUGGCUUACUUACACUUGUUGAGCCUGCUGUCAGUAUAAUAAUGUUCAGUUUGUGACUGUACACAAACUGCAUUGGGGUGUAUUUAUUGUCAGUUUCCUUGUUCUUUGAUUUUCUGUAACAGAUUCUUCAUAUUACACUCACAUGAAUGGAAACCCUACACAAGCUCAGGGAAAAUUGUGCUUAUGUUCAAUAAUCCUGCCACUGGAACGUGGAAAUUAAGUGGCCAGUUAGAGAACCAUGAAUCAAGUCAAAUCAAUAAAGUUACAGGGCCACAUGUAGGAAUACUAAAUGUGGCCCUGUGUGCUGUAGUCCAUACAGAACACAAUCUAGUUGGCAGUUUUUUGCCAAUUUUUUUUUUUUUAAUUAACACAAAUAUCCGUUGACAUGUUGUUUUCAAAGAGCCCUUGUUGGAAUUCAUGUAUAGUGGAAUGAUUAUAUUUUCUUUUCAGUAACAACCAGUAAACAUCCAAUUAAUAUUACUAUCCAUGCUUUCAUAACAAUCUAGCUUCACUAGCUAAGUAGAAUUUCUAGAUCUGUAAGAGUGCUCCUUGCCAUACAUGGAUCCAUGACAUGGAAUAAAAUUGCCUUGCCGUGUUUGCUUUUAUACAAGCGUACAGAGAGCUGACUUUUUUUUAAACAAGAUCGUAUAAAUAUGGUCAGCUGUGAUGUGCAGUAAGGCUAAAGAAGUAGUAAGCUGGUUUGUGUAGUAGGAAAAGGUCAAUGAUGUGCAGUAAUCUAUAGCAAGCAUCCAGUCUAAUUUUGUUUUUGAUCCCAUUAAUACAGCCAGUAGUGAAAGAUACUGAUUGGUUGCUGUGGGUUACUGCACUGUGAGAACAUUUUUUAUUGCCCUAUUAAAUAAGGACUUCAGAGUCCUUUUCUACUUUACUGCAUAUGUAAUUGCAAACAUCUUAGUAUAAUAUGAAAACAUUAAAAAUGCAUUUGUGUUUUAUUGUGUUCUGACCUAAGGAAAUCUAACACUCCGACCAUGACUCCUGUCCCAAGAACUAUUUUAUUUUUUUUCACAAAAUUGAACAGAGUCUUUACAGAUUCACACAGAUUUUUAUUUUAUCAGGAGUGAAUCCUCCCAUGCCAUUGUAGAAAUUAAAAUGUAUUUUUCAGUAACACGCUCAUUUAUGUAUCGCUGCAAAUGUGUAAAGAAAACUGGAUUAAAAGUGUUAUUUUUCUAUUUCAA